UUUGAGAGACAUUUGAUGGUGAAUUAGAGGAAUGUGUGCUUUUUGCAUUCAUGGAGACCUGAGCGGACCCUGACAGACGGACCUGAAGCUGAACCCGCUGCUCAGUCCGGGAGGCAGGACGCGUAAAAACAAGUUGCACACUGGGAAUUUAACCACAGAGAGAAGCUGGCAACGCUGGUCUGGCCAUGGACAGCACUGGAUUUUGGAUAUUCCUGAUAACUACUUGUGUUAUUUCAGGAAUAAAUGGCCAGAGUGUUGAAAUGGAUGAUGGGAAGUGGGGGUAUCUUGGCUCAAAGGUGGAUCUCCGAUGUCGGUUCAUCAACAGCUUGCCGCCUGUCAAAAUCUCUCAGGUAACAUGGCAGAAGCUGGUGAACGGCACUAAGCAGAACGUGGCGAUCGCCAAUCCGUCCCUGGGUGUGUCCGUGGCCCCGCCGUACAGGGACCGUGUCACCUUCAAGAAUGUAGCAGUGAAGCGUCGAACUCCGACUCUGGAAGACACCACCAUCACCUUCUCCUCGCUCCGCCUCUCAGACGAGUCCACCUACAUCUGUGAAUACACCACGUUCCCUGCAGGGAACCGAGAAAACACUGUAAACCUCACCGUCUACGUCCGCCCAACAACUCAGAUGAGUCUGUCCACACCGACGCUUGUGGCUCGUUCAUCCAAUCUGAAAACACCGGUGGCCACCUGCAUCUCUGCCAACGGAAAACCAGCCGGUACCAUCAGAUGGGAGACGAGGGUACCAGGAGAAGCGACCACCCGAGAGUACAAGAACUCAGACGGGACGUUCACUGUUCAGAGUGACUAUGUUUUGGUGCCCAGCAGAGAAACACACAAGGAGACGCUCACCUGCGUCACCAGCUACAACGAGGAGGUUUUCACUGACAGCGUCACCCUCGAUAUCCAGUAUGAGCCAGAUGUUUCGGUGGAUGGGUUUGAUGGAAACUGGUACCUGAACCGAGAAAAUGUCCAGCUGAGCUGCCAAGCUGAUGCCAACCCAGCCGUCUCUCUGUACCAGUGGAGACUGGUUAAUGGCUCCAUACCAAGCAAUGCUGAGAUCCGAGACAACGUCCUGACCCUUAAAGGGCCGCUUACGUAUGACCUGCAGGGCACCUAUGUGUGUGAUGCAACCAACAGCAUCGGGACACGAUCAGGCUCUGUGGAGGUCAGCAUUAUAGAAAAGCCUCUACCGCAGAUCGCAACUGGUGAUGUCAUCAGCGUAGUCGCCUUACUACUGGCUGCUGGAGUUCUCAUGGGCAUAACUAUCACCGUACUGGUGCUCAAAAUAAGAAGUAAAAAAGGCAACACCUCAAAUGACUCUCCGUCCAGAAAACUGUCCCAGCCGAUAAGGAAACGACCAGCAGAUGAUAUCCAGCACUCAGGUCGGUUUUAUGAAGAGCUUCCAAACACGGCGGACUAUGUUAGCUACAGACUGGCCUGCAACAAGGAGGACUACCCGGAGCCCUACUCCCCCCCCAUCAAGCCUCCUCUCUCGUUUCUGCCCCAACAGCCCUACCAGUCUUCACUACCACCCACUGCAUCCAGUAGCAGCGGCACCAACACGCCAAAAAACACCUUCUCUCCUCCUUCACACACCACUGCCAUCUUUAAAUACCCCUCAGUACCAGGUCUGUCUUCUCCUCCCCCGGGAGUGGCGGCGUACACUUUUCCCAAAGAGCAGUACGUCUGAAGCGAUACUUUGACACAAACUCAAACAUCACGAGCGAUCUCAGAUGAAACAACCUAAUGUAAACUGAUUCCUAAGAGGAGGCUGGGGAAAUGUGAUUAACCCUGGACUAUCAGGCAAGGUUUCUACGAUGUCUGCGUCAUUGUGGACGGCUCUGGAGGUCAAAAGACAAUUCAGCUUUUGUUGUUGAACUUUGUUGUUGAACAAAUUUUUGAAACAUUUUUUUCAUUGGGUUGGUCUUUUUUGUGUUAUCUAUUCUCUGAAAAGGGAACAUUGUGAACCAUGUUUCAGUUGUUUAGGCUAGAUGGAGGUCAUGGAAGAAAGGAUAUUGCAUGGAUGUAUAACAUUUGAUUGAAAAAUACUCCAAACUAAAUGGAUAGGAUUAUCUCGUGAUGUCUGAUGUGGUUGACCCCUUAUUGUAUCCUCUAUUGUAUCAUUUUGUAAGACAAAAAGAAAAAAUAUUAUAAUUCCCCACUUUAUCUCUAAUGCCCGCUCUUUAUCCUGCGUCGUACACACUGAAAAUCAUUUCCCUGAGGAACAGCAGACCUUUACCUUUUGGUUUGACCUCCUGUUAAUACUUUUGCUGUGCUUGUAUUUUUGUAUCGUUUAUGUUUUUCUGGUAAAGGAGAAAAAUCAAAAAAACAUUUUUAUUUACUGAAGACAUUUUGUUGAAGUUGAUGUUUUUAUUUGUGGUAUUUGUGGAUUUAAGUAUUCAUUGACACUGGU